GGUCAUGGCGGCCGUCCUGUCCCCGCGCCUCUGCGACAGCGACCCGGCUACGCCCGGCGCCCAGUCCUUGAAGGAUGACACAGAAGAAAAUUCCAAUGAUGGCAGCCAGCCAUCCAAAAGACGCCGUAUGGGCUCAGGGGACAGUUCUCGGAGCUGUGAAACUUCUAGUCAAGACCUUGGAUACAGCUAUUUUCCUGCUGAAAACUUGAUAGAAUACAAGUGGCCACCAGAUGAAACAGGAGAAUACUAUAUGCUUCAGGAGCAAGUCAGUGAAUAUUUGGGUGUGACCUCCUUUAAAAGAAAAUAUCCAGAUCUAGAAAGACGAGAUCUAUCUCACAAGGAGAAACUCUACCUCAGAGAACUAAAUGUUAUCACAGAAACUCAGUGCACGCUAGGUCUAACAGCUUUGCGUAGUGAUGAAGUAAUUGAUCUUAUGAUUAAAGAAUACCCUGCCAAACAUGCUGAGUAUUCUGUUAUACUGCAAGAGAAAGAACGUCAGCGAAUAACAGAUCAUUAUAAAGAGUACUCUCAAAUGCAGCAGCAGAACACACAGAAAGUAGAAGCCAGUAAAGUUCCCGAAUAUAUUAAAAAAGCUGCCAGGAAAGCUGCAGAAUUCAACAGCAAUUUAAACCGAGAGCGGAUGGAAGAAAGAAGAGCCUAUUUUGAUUUACAGACGCAUAUUAUCCAGGUGCCUCAAGGAAAAUACAAAAUCUUACCUACAGAGAGAACAAAGGUUAGUCCUUAUCCAGUGGCUCUCAUACCCGGCCAGUUCCAGGAGUACUACAAAAGAUACUCUCCAGAUGAACUGCGUUACUUGCCAUUAAACACGGCUCUUUACGAACCUCCUUUGGAUCCGGAGCUGCCUGCGUUAGACAGUGAUGGAGACUCAGAUGAUGCAGAGGAAGGGCGAGGUGAUGAAAAACGGAAAACCAAAGGCAAUUCGGACAAUUCGUCUGGCAAUGUAUCUGAAGGUGAUUGCGCCACAGACAACCAGGAGGAUUCUUUUCAGGGAAGACAAAAAACAAGAGACAAAAGUGCUACUCCAAGAAAAGAUGGUUCCAAACGUUCUGUAUUAUCCAAAUCAGUUCCUGGGUACAAGCCAAAGGCCAUUCCAAAUGCUAUAUGUGGAAUUUGUCUGAAGGGUAAGGAGUCCAACAAGAAAGGAAAAGCUGAAGCUCUUAUACAUUGCUCCCAGUGUGACAACAGCGGCCACCCUUCUUGCCUUGAUAUGACCCCGGAGCUUGUUGCUAUGAUUAAGACUUACCCUUGGCAAUGUAUGGAGUGUAAAACAUGCAUUAUAUGUGGGCAGCCUCACCACGAAGAAGAAAUGAUGUUCUGUGAUGUAUGUGACCGUGGUUAUCACACUUUUUGUGUGGGGCUUGACGCGAUCCCUUCAGGUCGCUGGAUUUGUGAUUGUUGUCAGAAAGACCCUCCCGUACCCCGAAGAGGAGGAAGAAGGGGGAAAAACAGCAAGGAGGGCUAAAAAAUCCCCAAAACUUGCUGUCCAAAACUUAACUGCACAAAUUAAAGUGAUACUUUGGUGCUAUUUAACCAACCACUCUAAGAGGAACAAUACCACUUUUUUUUUCUUUUUACCAAAUAAACUUUUAAUUUUGGCUAUAUAA